GCCGAUCGGAUAAUAUCAUAUCAAGUCAAAUCUUCAGUCUUGAGCGGUGUCUGUGUCAAUGACUAUCAUUUCUUCGUCUUCAUCCUUCUCCCCUAACCUGUUUCUGCAUCUUAACCAUCCUUCGGCUCCCACUGUGAUUGGGCUCGGCCUUAGCCUUAGGCCCAGGCCCAUAACAAAGCCCAAUAUCAAACUGAGGAGGAGGCAUUUGCAGAGGUGCAGGGCAGUGUUCGCUGACGAUGCACCCUUCGCGGCGGCCAUCGGCGCCUGUAUGCUCACUUCUCUGGUAUUCCCCGUAGCUGGUUCCCACGAAGACGAUGAGGAAGGUGAGUCAGCGAUGAACACGAGCGAUACAAGGUUCGCUGUGAUGGGGAUUAUGAGCUUCAUCCCUUACUUUAAUUGGCUCAGUUGGAUCUUCGCCUUGCUCGACACUGGAAACCGACGCUAUGCUGUUUACGCCAUUGUCUACUUGGCUCCUUAUCUGAGGUCAAAUCUAUCAAUCUCCCCUGAAGAUAGCUGGCUUCCUAUUGCUAGCAUUCUGUUCUGCAUCGUUCACAUCCAGUUGGAAGCAAGCAUCAGGAAUGGAGAUAUUCAGGGGUUUCAACUAUUCAGGAAUGUCACAGAUCAAUUCUCAUCAAAGAAAGGCCAUUUGAAUCACCAUCAAGAAAUUUCUAAGCAGGGAAUGGCUAAAGAUAACAAGAACUUGCCAUCUGCCCAAGAUCAUUUGAGAGAUAUUGGGGAUUGGGAAGAUACUCAAAGGCCAUUACAAUCUCAUCAACCCUUGAGUGAGGACUUAAAUGAUGAUGAAGAAGAAGAGAGAAGCAAACACUAACUAGGAAGCGCAUAGAUUUUUAAAUUACCAUUUACCAACUAUGUAUAAACUGAUGCUGGUGCUGUUUAGCUGUUUGAUUAGGAUUGGCGUAAAACUAUUGCAAUCAAUGUCUUGAAGUUGUUCUGUUAUGAACUUAUGAUGCCCCCUCUCUUUAUUUAGUUACAUGUAUUCAUAAUUGACGAUAUGGGUAGUUCUUUUUACUAUGGUAUAUAUGUAUUUGUCAUC